UUGAAACAUUAAAAAGCCUAAUCCAACGAGAAUCUCAGAUACAACAACAGAGCAAACCUUAUGAAAGGAAAGAUCUCAGUUUCACCAUCGGAGAAUUCAAUGGCAUCGACAACAACAACGACGAUGACUGCUACUACUACUAGUACUGUGUCUAGUAGUGAAGAUUCGGAGAGAAGAGACAGUAACUGUUACUUCCCAGAUUGUCGUAAAGACGCGAAUUGCAGCUGCGAGAUUUGUCUCGAUAGUCUCAACGCUACCCUCGAUCUCAUGCCUCUCAGUGUUCAGAAAAGCUCCCUCACUAAGCUUUCUUUUGCCUCCACUUUCAAACCACCCACCGUUGAGUCUACUCCCACCUCGUUUGAUCCGAGUGUUGCUGUCACCACACCCGCUUCCGUUUCUCGCCCAAUCUUGAAUGUGAUGAUGAUCUCUUCCCCAAAGAAGAAGAAGAAGAUAAAGAAAUCUAUAGUUUCCGAGAAUAAAGAAGAAGCAAGGAAGAAGGAGAGAAAAAGUCUACUGCUUUUUGUUCUGAAAGUGGUCUUCUUGAUUGGGUUGGCUCUGUUUUUGGAAUUAGGGUUUCGUUGGGUGCGUGAAGAAGGGUUUUUGAAACCCGAAUUCACAGAGGAGAUAGUGAGGAACGCUGGUGAGAGAUCUCAGGGUGUGAAGCUGAGACUCUUGGAAGACGAAUUAGUUUUAAUGGGCAAGAUUUCCAGUUGCAGAGGUUCUGAUUCUAAGUGGCAGAUCAAUCAGAAUGGUCCAAUGUUGAUCUCAAAGUGUGUUCUGUAUAAAUCCGCCAUUGAAGAGGUUAGUAUAUGGGGAUGGCCUUUGCAGACAGCUGGAUUGUUUCAUACUGGCUUCUUUUCAAGUUCCAUUACCGUCUUAUCAGGCCGAGUAACUGAGUGGACAGAUGGGCAAUUCAGUUACACGACACACGAGACCAAUACUUCGUGGGGGAAAGACAAAUGGAGCACAUCGGUUCUGCAACUAGAUCCAAACACAUGGGUUCUUGAGUACAGCCUAAGCUCGGUGAUGGAUGGUUCGAGUUUGCUGUCAGUAACAUUGGAUGUCCUGAAGCACAUGAUGUUCCAAGCAGCAAAGAAUGUAAAUCGGGAGGUUUUCUGGAUGUUUUCAGCCUCAGGGAGUUUGUAUAGGGAAGCAGAAACAAAGGCUAGCACAAUGACACCAACUUAAACAACUUCAAAGAGGAAAUAAAAGUUUUCCCUUUUUUGGUUGCUUUCAGUUCAAGCAUUGACAUCUUGUCUUCUUCUUUUAGGUUAUAGUAGUUAUGAUGUAUGAACACAAGUAUCUUGAUACUGUUAUUACUGUGUAGUUUUUUGUAGAAUGGUAGUCAAUCGAAUGUACUAGUUGUUUCAUCAUGUCAUUUUGUAUUGAGAAAUCAACCUCAUCACUUGAU